CCACCACCUGACCUCCUUUCACCUAUUGCCGGCCCAGUGGUUGUCUGAUGUGAUAGACAGCAUAAAGUCUGAUGACCCAGAUUCAAAACUGUGCUCAACACGAAGAAGUGCAGGUGUUCCAUUUUUUGUACAGGCAGUGACUUCCACAGAGCCUGCCACGGGCGGCAGAAAGUGCUUUCACAGUGUCAUGAAGGAGCUGCUGAUCCUAGCCUUGUCACAUGUGAGAGAGGACAGACUUCAGUCCAGUCAGGCACAGGUUCAUGCACUGAACAUCCUGAGAGCUUUGUAUAGAGAUGCUCGUCUUGGCGAAGAGGUAGUGCCAUAUGUUGCAGACGGUUUGAAAGCUUCAAUCCUUGGGUUCAAAUCUGAGCAGUGGGCAGUACAGAACUCGGCCACGUUGUUGCUCAGUGCUCUCAUGACCAGGAUGUUCGGAGUCAAGCGCAGCAAGGAUGAAACCAACAUGUCCAAGAAGAACUGCCAGACUGGGCGAGCUUUCUUCCACCACUAUCCGAGCUUGUAUCCGUUCCUACUUUCAGA